AGCUGGUGGUCAGGCCCGCGUGUAUACCAUCACUCAUGAUGAGGCAGCCAACAACGCAGGUACUAUGUCCGGAAUGCUUUCGAUAUCCAAUGUGCCUGUAUAUGCUUUAUGUGAUACCGGAGCCACUCAUUCCUUUAUUUCUACUCGUUGCUUGGAGGCUUUGUCCGUUAGUAAUGUGUGCCCAUGCGACCCUCUCGAGGUUAGUUUAGCCUCGGGAAGGACUAUUAUUUCUGAUUCUAUGAUUCCCAGUCUUCCAGUCAGUAUUGGUGGGCACAUUUUGGAGGCCAGUGUUUAUGUGAUCGAAAUGCGAGACUUUGAUGUGAUCUUGGGCAUGGAUUGGCUCAGCCGCUAUCGAGCUGACAUCCGGUGCCAGGAGCGCAAAGUCAUUCUCUUUCCCGUUUCUGAUCGGCCGGUUGUAUUCUUUGGGGUGAAGUCGAGGACUGUGCCUCGAGUCAUCUCUUCUAUGCAAGCUAGGAAGAGCCUUUCCAAGGGUAGCUGCCAAGGCUAUCUUGUUUCUAUGGUGUCCGAGGAUGAUUCCGAGCGUACUCCGGAGCAAGUUUCUAUUGUUUGCGAAUUCCUUGAUGUUUUUCCCGACGAGCUGCCCGGAGGACCACCCGACCGCCAAGUGGAGUUCACCAUUGACUUAGUACCGGGAGCUGGCCCCGUGUCUAAGGCCCCUUACCGUAUGACACCAAAGGAGCUUCAAGAGCUUAAGGCCCAGAUCCAGGAAUUGCUCAGGCUCGAUUUUAUUCGACCGAGUGUUUCGCCGUGGGGUGCACCCGUCCUAUUUGUGAAGAAGAAAGACGGAUCCAUGCGUAUGUGCAUUGACUACCGGGAGCUGAAUACCCUUACAGUCAAGAACAAGUACCCCCUUCCUCGUAUUGAGGAUCUCUUCGACCAACUGAGAGGAGCCAGUGUCUUCUCAAAGAUCGAUUUGCGGUCUGGCUAUCAUCAACUGAAGAUACGGGAGUCGGAUAUUUCUAAGACUGCUUUCCGUACCUGCUAUGGCCACUAUGAGUUCGUAGUCAUGCCGUUCGGACUCAGCAAUGCCCCAGCAGUUUUUAUGGACCUUAUGAAUAGGGUCUUUCAUCCCUUCCUGGACCAGUUUUUUAUCGUGUUCAUUGACGACAUCUUGGUUUAUUCUCGGAGCAUCGACCAGCACAAGGAGCAUCUGAGGAUUGUGCUGGAGACUCUUCGCCGCGAGAAGCUGUAUGCUAAGUUCUCGAAGUGCGAGUUUUGGCUAGAUCCUGUGGCAUUCCUUGGCCACAUUGUGACAGCGAGAGGCAUUGAGGUGGAUCCCAGCAAGAUCGAGGCAGUGAGCAAGUGGGAUACGCCAAGAAGUGCCGCCGAUGUUUGUAGUUUCCUGGGGUUAGCAGGAUACUAUCGGAGGUUCAUAGAGGGCUUCUCGAAGAUAGCCCAACCACUAACAAACCUUACGAAGAAGGCUGUGAGGUUCGAUUGGAGUCCUAAGUGUGAGGAGAGUUUCCAAGAGUUGAAGAGGAGACUCACUACCGUGCCCGUUCUAUCUAUUCCCGACCCUACUUUGGAGUUCACCAUCUAUAGUGACGCUUCGAAGGUGGGUUUGGGAUGUGUCCUGAUGCAACAAGGGAGGGUCGUAGCCUAUGCUUCGAUGCAGCUGAAGCCUCACGAGCAAAACUACCCCACUCAUGAUCUCGAGUUAGCUGCAGUCGUUCACGCCUUGAAGAUUUGGCGGCACUACCUAUAUGGAGGCAAGUGUGAGAUUUUUACCGACCACAAGAGCCUGAAGUACAUUUUCACUCAGAAGGAGCUGAACAUGCGGCAGCGUAGGUGGUUGGAGCUGGUCAAGGACUAUGACUGCACGAUUAGCUACCAUCCUGGGAAAGCUAACGUGGUUGUCGAUGCCCUUAGUCGAAGGAGUUAUGGCCAGCUGUCUUGUCUAUUCACUGGGCAAGAUGUUCUGCUUCGGGAGUUCGAGCGGCUACAGCUAGAGGCA